CAGAUGCCCCAUUCAAUUCCUUCAUCCCUGCCCUGCCCUGCGGUAACGGACCGCGUCUCUCUCUCUUUCUCUCACACACACACAGCGCUUCGAGGCAGCACCAAAUCUGCACGUAACGUGCCGAUCGAGCGUGUUGGCCCGCCGUGACAAAAAGCAAGGCCAUAAGGGGGGAGAGGGCAGGGGAACCUUGCCUGACGGAAGAGGGGAGAGAGAGAGAGAGAGUAGCAGCGGGAGGAAGGAGGACGGAGAAGGGGGAGGAGAGGGCGCGGCCAUGGGGAAGGAGAGAUUGGCCCUGACGCUGGAGAGGUACCACCGCUUCUUCGUCGAUCCCUACGCCACCCGCCUCACCACCGCCCACCUCAACAACAUCAUCUACAUGCAUGGUUUCGCCAGGCUCCACGGCAAGAAGUCCCAGAUCAUGGACCACAUGGUGGGGCAGGUCGACCUGCAGCCGCCGCGCCGGUCCACGCUGCACGGUGGCGCCGCGCUCGCGCCGCCCUCCGCCGCGCGCAUCGCCGCCGCACAGGCCGCGGCCGACGUCGACGCCAUCGGCUGGGCGGAGUGCCCCAUCGGCUGCGUCACCGCCUUCUCCACCUUCGCUGACCCGCCGGACCCGGUGGAGCCCAUGCCCCCGCCCGCCCACCACAUGCUCGCGCUGGCGGUGCCCCUGCGCCGCCCGCGCUCCAAGAGGACGCGCACCUCCCCCUACCAGCGCCCUGCCUCUGCCGCGUCCAACACGGCCAAGGUGAAGGAGGAGGAGGUCAUGGAAGAGGAGGGUGAGGAUAUGUCGUUGGCGACGCCGUCGCCGCCGCGAUGGAUGCGCUCCCCUACCCCGCCACCUCCGCCCCCGUCGCCCACGCCGCGGCCACAGACCGUGGUGCCUCCGCCACUAUGGAUGCGCUCCCCUACUCCGCCACCUCCGCCCCCGUCGCCCACGCCGCCGAGCAGGGGCCAGCCUGAGUUGGAGCCGACCCUCUCCCGACCACCAGGCUUCGGCUCCCCGCCGGAACCAUGCAGGAGCCGGCCUACGCAGGAGCCGGUCCUCCCCACACCACCACCACCAGGCUUCGGCCCGCCGCCGGAACCAUGCAGGAGCGGGCCUACGCUGGAGCCGAUCCUCCCCACACCACCACCACCAGGUUUCGGCCCGCCGCCGCAACCAUGCUGGAGCCGGCCUACGUUGGCGCCGCCUCCUACCCCACCACCAGGCUUCGGUUCGCGCCAGGUGGCGCCGCCUCCUCCGCACCUGUCCUGGGGCUUGCCGAUGCCACCGCCGUCGGGCCCAGGAGCGCCUACGUUCACGCAGCAUCUUCAGCCUGCAGGUCCGGCACCACUCUGGCGCUCGCCGAUGUCGCCGUCUUAUCCGGCACCGUGCUGGGGCGCGCCGGCGCAAGCGCCCUGGCGCUGGCCACAUCCACCGCCGCGCUGGGCACCACCUCAUAUGCUGCGCCCGCCGCCGCCACCCUGGGACUGCAUGAGGCCGUUUGCACCCCCUAUGCCGCCGCAACAUCCGCCGCAUUUUGAGAUGCAGCAUACGCCACCGGCACCGGGGGCUUGCUCGGGCAGGCAGGUGAUUUACUUCUAGGGACUGCUCUCGUACCGCAUUUGCUGUUACGGGUUUGCUAUUUCACGUCUAGAUAUGAGAUAUUAUCUCACAUCUAACUCCCUUAUCCUUAAUUUUUUUUCUUUUAAAGUCUCCCGUUGAUUUGUUUUGUCCCAAAAUUCCCGCAUAGGCUAAUCUUACGGUUGUCCGCGUUCGAGCUCGAGCGUGCUGUGCUCGCGCAGCCUGAAGCCUAACGUGCGUGCAUCGUGGCAGCUUGGGCUGGCCCACGUGUGUGGCAGCGUGGGCUGUCUUUGUCUGUUUUCUUCUUCUUUUUUUUGUCUAUUUUUUGAACUGUCUCCGUUCGCUACAUCCUUUGCAUUUUC